UUCCAGAUAUAACUGAAAAUAAAUUAUUUACUCAAAAAAAUUAUGAACAUUUAAUUAAAACAUUAAGUAUCGUUUAUAUUUUUUACUAUUCUAUAUUUUAUUUAUAGGAACCAAAUUCAUAAUGGAAUAGGUUAUGUAAUUAAAAUUAUAAUAACCAUAAUGAUUAAUUAAAUGACUAUUAAAUAUAUACACGAAACAUUAUUUGUUAAUCAUUAUGUCUGAAGAUAGUAAACAUCCUGAAGAAAGUAAUGAAACAUCUAAAAUGUCUAAGCUAAAUGAAGCAACUUCAAGCACGGAUGAACAACCUCAAUCAGAUGAGCCAGAAGACAAAUGGAUGAUAAGAGACUGUGAGAUGUAUAAAGAUGAAUAUAAGGAGUGUACCAGUUUUAGAGCAAGAUUUCACCAGUACUUCAUUUAUGGUGAGACCUUAGACUGCAACCAAUGGAAGAAGGACUAUAAUAACUGUUGCAAAUGGACUGAUGAUGGAGAUCUAAAGGCUGCAGAUGCAGUAAUCAAAAGUGAAAGAAUUCGACGCCUGGAAAGAUUGAAAUCACAUUAUCAAAAUGAUAUAUGGACGAAAAGAGAAGCACCGCCUUCAGAUUGGGACAAACCCUUACCAGAUUGGAUGGUCAAAAGAGAUGAGAACUCGUACUUAGCCUAUAAAGCGAAAGAAAUCAAAGAAGGCAAAGAGGAAGACAGUGUUGGAAGCUUUUGUUCAAUUAUGUAGAGAAAACUUUAAUUUCAGUUGUACCAAGGGUUACCUCAUGUGUGAUUUUAGCAAUAAGAAGGCCACAAAAUAUCUUUUCUAUUAACUAGAAUGAGUUAUCUUAAGUUCAAAUAUAUGAGAGGUUUCAUCUUGUCUGUGAGUUGAUUCAAAAUUAAGUUUAUAAUGCAGUUAAAGACGGGACGAAUGCAAACAUCCGCUUUCAUUCAUAGCAAAAGAUUUGAUAUUAAAGGGUAAUUUAGUAUUUUUAAACAGUAUUAGAAACUACAUUCAUGUUUUUUUUAAAAACAUAAGUUUUGGCCUAAAAUUAAAAAUCCUUGAAUACAGUUUCAGUACGGUUGAAAAACUACAUAGACUUCUAAAUAGAUGAAUUUCUAAAAGAAAACUUUAAACAAGACUACUUAAAAAGUCCAGAUGCCAAUUGUUAGUUUGACUUAGUGUAUAUGCUUUGCCCAUCCCUGCUUGCCUACCUCAAACAUAUUUUGAAUUGUGUCAUAUAUAUUGUUUACCACAUAUUAUCUUCUUAACUAAUAAAAUGAUUGUGACCUAAAAAGCGACUGUAUGUUAGUGCCAGUAAAAAUGAAAUUGUAAUGGAGUAUGAAUUACUGCCAGUUGUGUACAAAGUUUGUAUUGUAGAUAGAUAAAUAUAAUCAAGUAAUA